CUCGAUCGCCCAAGUCCCCCCCAACGUCUCCAGUUUUUCCUGCUGCAUUGCUGCCGUCUCCUCAGCAACUCACUUUUCGGCCUCGAAACAUAUCCCUACCUCCCUCCUCUACAAAAUCUCGCCAGUCCCAAUCCCACCUCCAAUUCCUCUUUCUCUCCCUCCACUCAUCAUCCCAUUGUUUGUCCAUUCUCCCCUCUCCCACACACAUCAUGUCGGUUGUCUCUCUCCUCGGGGUCAAGAUCCUGAACAACCCCGCCCCUUUCCUCUCUCCCUAUCAGUUCGAGAUCACUUUUGAGUGUCUCGAAUCACUUCAAAAAGACCUGGAAUGGAAGCUCACCUACGUCGGUUCCGCGACAUCCUCCGAAUAUGACCAAGAGCUCGAUUCUCUUCUCGUCGGCCCUAUCCCAGUCGGCGUCAACAAGUUCAUCUUCGAAGCCGACCACCCCGACCUCAAACGCAUCCCCACGUCGGAAAUCCUUGGUGUGACGGUCAUUCUGCUCACUUGCAGCUACGACGGCCGAGAGUUCGUUCGAGUGGGCUACUACGUAAACAAUGAAUACGACUCGGAGGAGCUUGCCACCGAGCCGCCAUCGAAGCCCAUCAUUGAGCGUAUCCGCCGGAAUAUCCUCGCUGAGAAGCCAAGAGUGACCCGAUUUGCAAUCAAGUGGGACUCGGAGGAAUCUGCCCCCGCCGAAUACCCUCCGGACCAGCCUGAAGCCGACAACCUGGACGACGACAGUGGUGCCUACGGUGCGGAGGAAGCCGAGCUUGAAGCCGCUCUGGUCAAAGAACUUGCCGAUACCGAGAAGCAACCGGCCCCCAAGACCGAAGACCACGACAUGGAGGGCACUGAGCCGACCGCCACCAAAGAAGAAGAGGAGGAAGACAUCUCCGACGGCGAGAGUGAGGAUAUUGAGGACGAAAGUGACGAUGAUGACGACGAUCUUGACGAAGAGGAUGGCGGUGACGGCGAUGAAGACGUUGAGAUGGGCGACGACUCCGAGCAGAAAGACGAGUCGGCCAAGGCCAACCCUGCAGCCCAGCAGCCCCAUCAAUCGGAAGUCAUGGUGCACUGAUCUACUGCGGCUUGAUUUUGAUCGUGGUUGUUUCUUUCUUGUCUUUUUUUUUUCCCUCUUAUAUAUCGAAUGAUUUGAUGAUUCGAUUGCAACGCUUUGAUGACAGAACCAGCUUCAUUUCACAUAUUUAGUUUAGCACCUAUAUCUAGUUCUUCUAUUUUUUUUACGACAUAGAUUAAGCACAACUCGAAACCGAAUUGAAAAAAAUACCAC